AUGACCAGCCCCGCGGCCUGGUCGGUGCUCCUGGCGAACACCGCGUUCAACUUCAACCGGUACUUCACGUACACGUGGAUCACAACGUACUACACGGCGGCCUGGAGGAUGCCCGUCUCCGAGGCGGCCGCGCGCAUGUUGUGGCCCAAUUUGGCUGACAUCCUUUUCGCCGUCCUCGCCGGGCAGGCGGCCGACGCGGUGGCGAACUCGGGCAAGCUGUCGCGCGUGGCGACCCGACGCGCCUUCUCCACGGCUGGCUUCGUCGGCACCGGGUUGAGCCUCUACAUGGCGGGGCGGGCCCGCGACCCGCUUCACGUCACCAUGCUGGUGACCCUCGCGUCCGGGAUGCAGGCCUGCCACGCGGGCGGCUUCAAGGCCAGCUACACCGAGAUCUCCCAGGAGGCUUCGGGCCUCAUCAUGGGCAUCGGGAACGCCUUCGCCUCCGCGGGCGCCACUUGCGUGCCCCUCGCGGGCACGGCCAUCCUGGAGGCCCACGGCGGUGCUUCGCAGCACGAGGCGUGGCAGGCCCUCUUCAGCGUCGUGCUCACCAUUGGCUGCCUCGGCGCGGUCGUGUACUCGCUGCUCCUCUCCACGGAUUGGUGGUUCGCUGUGAUGCCGGUGGCCCGCCUGAGGGACCGGCCAGGGACGCGGCGCCAGGCGCAGCUACGCGGCAGCGGGCAGCUCGACCCGCUGCCCAGGUGCACGCAGGUGGGCGAGCCCAUGGGCGUGCUGCUCGCCAGGUCGCCGACGCCGAUGCAGAGGAAGGCCUACCGGAGUCCUGCCAUCACCGUCGCGUUCGCCACCUUCGUGGCAGUCGUGAACGUGCGCGGCGGCACUGGUCCAUCUGGCCUUCACAGCGGGUGGGCCGCCCGUGCGGAGCGAGCUUCUGCACAAGGUCGCGAGAGCAUCCUGGCUCGGCCGCGGCGGGCCCCUUUGCGCCGGGGCCCCGGCAGGUGA